GACUUCAUUCGACGGGACACUAGUAUAAGAAGUGCAUUUUUGAAUACACCGAGUCAAUGGUAACAAUGUCCGCACCCGUGCAAGCCCUUGUCUGUUUGCUGCUCGUGGGACUCUCAGGGGUAUCCUAUGGUCAAGAAUGCCUUAAGCCACAAAGUGAAGAAGUCAUGAAGAAGGCUGGCCAGAUUGCAGCGGAACUCAUGAAACAAUGCGUUCAUCUGCUGGACAAGCACCCGAUGCCCCUCAGCAUGAUUGCCGAUGCCAUGAAGACACUCUGUGUUGACUACGCUGGCUGCCAUGACAAGCAUGAAGCCAUGGCUAGCAAGCCGGAAGAAUAUCGAAAGCUCCUGAUUACCUGCGGUCACCCACACCUCGUAAAUUUCUUCAAAAAGCAGUCGGAAUUCAAGCAUGAUCCGGAAGUUGUCGCGACGGAGAUCGGAACCUGCAUUAUGGACCACAUUCCUCUGACCAAAGAGAUGGGUAUAGCAACUGCCUACUGGAUCCUCAAGAUCAUGGGCGCACACGAGUGAAGAACUUCAGCCAUGUUUUAGACCAAAGCACAAGGCGUGCAAGAACAGAAAAUAAUAAAAGGAAACCUCCGCGUCGAGACCCAAAUAAAAGUUCAUUAAUUCUAAUCA